AUGAUAGGGAGACGCGUGCGUCAACGUCAAAGACCGCCGACCACGUUAGCGGAACUUGGUCAGGCGCUGAAAAAGGAGUUGAACAGACUCCCUCAAAUGGCCAUUGGGAGACUCAUACGCAAAACAAACACAGAAAACAGAUUACAGAAACAAACACAGAGAACAGAUCGCAGAAACAAACACAGAGCACAGAAAGGAACACAGAAAACAGAUCACAGAAACAAACACAGAGAACAGAUCACAGAAACAAACACAGAAACAAACAGAUCACAGAAACAAACACAAAAGACAGAUCACAGAAAGAAACAGAUCACAGUAGCAAACACAGAAAACAGAUCACAGAAACAAACACAGAUAACAGAUCACAGAAACAAACACAGAGAACAGAUCACAGAAACAAACACAUGGAACAGAUCACAGAAACAAACACAGAGAACAGAUCACAGAAACAUACACAUAGAACAGAUCACAGAACAAACACAGAAAACAGAUGACAGAAACAAACACAGAGAACAGAUCACAGAAACAAACACAGAUCACAGAUCACAGAAACAAACAGAGAACAGAUUACAGAAACAAACAUGGGGAACAGAUCACAGAAACAAACACAGAGAACAGAUCACAGAAACAAACACAGAGCACAGAAACAAACACAGAGCACAGAUCACAGAAACAAACACAGAGAAAAGAUCACAGAAACAAACACAGGGAACAAACACAGGGAACAGAAACAAACACAGAGAACAGAUCACAGAAACAAACACAGAGAACAGAUCACAGAAACAAACACAACAGCACAACAAGGGCUAA